AUAAAAAGUAAAAAUAAUCUCGAGAAUUUAUUAAAUAAUUAAUUUAAGCUUUAUGGGUACAUGAUAGAUUCCUAAAAGUUAUUAAAGAAUAUUGUACAACCCAAAAAUUCUACCCAUAAUGCUGUUUAAUUCUGCGAGAUUAAUGUUACUUCAAAGAAGUAACGUGCUUUCUGCAUUGGCAGCUAAACAAAUAGCAUCGUCAAGCAUUCGAUAUUUGGCAUCUAGUCAAUUGACUCAUCUUCACUUUCCCCAUAAUUCAAAUGUUUAUGAAAAAGAGAAAACCGGUUUGUUAAAUAGACGAAAUGUGCACGCUCAAUACAGCACUUAUCUACAAUCAAAGUCACCUUUUCAUACCCACAGCAUACUCUACUUGAAUAAUUCAAAUUUUGCGGCACAAAAGGUCAAUAGGAAUAGUGAUGUAAAGAGUGCUUCAAAUGAUGUAAAAGAAGAAGAUCCGAAAAGUGUUGAUACACAAACGGAGAGCACGAAGAAUGUAGAUGACGAUAAGCCUUUGACGCUAUAUGCAAAGUUUAAGAAAAUGGCUAAAGAAUAUUGGUAUGUUCUAAUACCUGUUCAUGCUUUUACUUCAGUUUUUUGGAUUGGCGGAUUUUAUUAUGCUUCAUUGAAUGGUGUAGAUAUUGUUGGAAUCCUUGAAAAUCUCCAUGUAAGUGAGAUCGUUAUCAGCAAAUUAAGAGAUUCAAGUUUAGGUCAUUGGGCUGUUGCUUAUCUUUGUUAUAAAAUUGCAAGUCCUGCUCGAUAUACAGUAACAGUUGCUGGAACGACAUACACAAUCAAUAUUCUAUCAAAUCGUGGAAUAAUUAAACCAAUGCCUACAAGAGGCGAACUUGUGCAAAUGUAUAAAGAUAAAAAAGAUGACAUAAAUCAAAAGAUUGAGGAUAAAAAGCAAGAUUUUCAACAGACUAAAGAGAACCUUCAACAGAAAGUUACCGACACUAAGGAAGAACUAUAUCAAAAGUUGGAAGACAAAAAGCAAGAUAUCCAACUGAAAAUAGAGGAAAAGAAACAGGACAUUCAGCAAAAAGUUGCAGACAAAAAACAGGAACUCGAAGAUAAACUAAAAAGGAGCAAUUGAUAGUUAAUAAUAUAAUUAAGCUUAAUGCUACAGCAAUUAUGAUAUUUAAAGUUUCUCAAAAGUACUUUUAAUAAAAUUUGUUAAGGUUUGUGAGCUUAAAGCAUUAACAAAA